AUGGCUUCCCGUCCAACUGUCACCAUCCUGAAGGCCGAUGGCUCUGCCAGCGGUGCAACCCACCCUCUCCCAAAGGUGUUCAACUCCCCAAUCCGCCCAGAUAUCGUCCAGACCGUCCACACUGGUGUUGCGAAGAACAAGCGUCAACCAUAUGCCGUGAGCGAGAAGGCUGGUCACCAAACUUCUGCUGAGUCGUGGGGUACUGGUCGCGCUGUUGCCCGUAUUCCCCGUGUCUCUGGAGGAGGAACUCACCGUGCUGGACAGGCUGCUUUCGGUAACAUGUGCAGAUCUGGUCGUAUGUUCGCACCUACAAAGGUCUGGAGAAAGUGGCACCAGAAGAUCAACCUUGGUCAGAAGCGAUUUGCUACCGUUUCCGCCUUGGCUGCUUCCUCUGUCCCAGCUCUCCUCCUCGCCCGUGGUCACCAAGUCUCCACCGUCCCAGAAGUCCCUCUCGUCAUCAACUCCGAGGUCUUCUCCGGCGCUGCGAUCGCAAAGACAUCUGCUGCUCUCGGACUCCUAAAGUCAAUCGGUGCGUCCUCAGAUAUCGACAAGGUCAAGAAGUCCCGCAAGCUCCGCGCAGGUAAGGGUAAGCUCCGUGGACGCCGUCACCGUCAACGCCGUGGCCCUCUCGUCGUCUACGACCCAGAAGUCGACGGAAAGGAACUUAACCUUGCAUUCCGCAACAUCGCCGGUGUAGAGACCAGCUCCGUCUUUGCCCUCAACCUGCUGCAGCUCGCACCAGGAGGACAUCUCGGCCGUUUCAUCAUCUGGACAUCCGCCGCCUUCAAGGCCCUCGACAUCAUCUACGGCAGCAGCACCACCCCCUCCGCGCUGAAGAAGGACUUCUUGCUCCCAUCGCCCAUCGUCCACCAAGCCGAUGUUGGCCGUCUCAUCAACUCGUCUGAAAUCCAGAACGUGAUCCGCGCCGCCAAGGGCUUCAGCAAGACCAAGCGCGCCGGUGUCCAGAAGAAGAACCCGCUGCACAACAAGCAGGUCCUGCUCAGACUCAACCCGUACGCGGCUGGCUACAGCAAGGACAAGAUCGGCACGAAGGGACUGGAUGCUGGCAAGCCGGAGCGCGCCAAGGGAACCCAGUUCGCAAAGGUUAUCAAGGAGGAUUAG